AUGGAGGAAUAUGAUACACACCUACAAGCGCAGCUUCACUGGGUUUUCGGCCAUGCUCACCGACGACCAAGCUGCACAGAUAAAAAGUACGAGUUAAUAAGAAGGACAAUAUGUAUAUGCUUACCUUUGGUCGCAGGGAGAGAAGAGGUUGUUUCGAUUUUCCCAAGCAAGAGUCACAAGCUCCAUACAACCCAUUCCUGGGACUUUUUGAAUACCAUCGACUCUUUCCCGGCGCAGAACAGCGAUCCCAGUGGUUGUGAGGCCUCUGGCCAAGACAUUAUUGUUGGCGUCUUUGACUCUGGUAUCUGGCCGGAGUCCAAGAGCUUCAACGACGUAGGCAUGCCACCGAUACCAAGAAAAUGGAAGGGAGCUUGCCAGGAUGGAGAACAGUUCACUGCACGUAAUUGCAACAACAAGUUGAUUGGAGCACGCUUUUACACAAACGGAUACGAUGCCAGCGACCCUGAGCUGCAAAAAACCUUCAUCAAAUCUGCACGGGAUACGGACGGACACGGGACACAUACCACGUCAACUGCAGCGGGAAGGAUUGUCAACGGCAUAAGCUUCCCGGGAGGCCUUGGAGCUGGAGCUGCUAGGGGAGGAAGUCCAAACUCGAGAGUUGCCGCGUACAAAGUUUGCUGGGACGACUGCAAGGACCCCGACAUUCUAGCGGGCUUUGAUGAUGCCAUAGCCGACGGCGUCGACAUUAUAUCUGCGUCCAUCGGCCCGGAUCCUCCUCAGGCCAACUAUUUCGAGGAUGCUAUAUCCAUCGGAGCGUUCCAUGCCCUGCAGAAAAACAUCCUCGUGUCAUGCUCUGCCGGAAACAGUGGAGACCCUUUCACGGCUACCAACCUUUCGCCAUGGAUACUGACGGUUGCAGCGAGCUCCAUAGACAGGAGGUUUGAAGCCGAUGUGGUGCUUGGAAACGGAAAAAUACUUCAGGGACUCGCUGUUAAUCCAUACGAUUCUCAGUUCUUCCCUGUGGUUCUGGGAAAGGAUCUUGCUGCCGCAGGAGUGACGCCUGCAAAUGCAAGUUUUUGCCAUGCGGACUCCCUGGACGACGUUAGAACCAAGGGGAAAAUAGUUGUUUGCCAGCAUGAAAUCCCGAUCGAGUCGAGGGGAGCCAAGGCCGCCGAAGUGAGUCGAGCUGGUGGUGCUGGAAUGAUCGACAUCAAUCCUGAAGUUAAAGACCUGGCACAACCUUUCGUGGUCCCUGCAUCACUGACCGACGAGGCCCAAGCGUCCAUUCUCCGUGCAUAUCUAAAUUCCACCAGCUCUCCCAUGGCCAAGUUCCUCAAAACAAACGUCGUCCUCCACGACAAGCCGUCCCCAAAAGUGGCAUUCUUCUCUUCGCGAGGUCCCAACACUGUUACUCCGGACAUCAUCAAGCCUGAUAUAACAGCACCAGGCCUCACAAUCCUCGCAGCGUGGCCCCCUAUAGCAACCGCAGGAGCCGGCAACCGAAGUGUCGACUACAACUUCCUCUCGGGAACGUCCAUGGCAUGCCCGCAUAUCACCGGGGUGGCAGCUUUGCUCAAGGCCAGAUUCCCAUACUGGACAGCAGCUAUGAUCAAGUCGGCGAUGAUGACCACUGCCACCCUCUCGGACAACACGAACAGCUUGAUCAAGAACACUUUCACCAACACCCCUGCCACUCCUUUCGAUUUUGGAUCCGGGCAUGUCAACCCAGUCGCGGCCCAGGAUCCCGGACUCGUGUAUGACAUAAGCUUGGAGGAGUAUACCAGCUUUGCCUGUGGCCUCGGCCCAUCCCCAGGAGCACUGAAGAACCUCACGAUCACCGCCUGUCCACCCAAUCCCAUCGCUUCCUACAAUCUAAACUAUCCUUCCAUCGGAGUAGCCGACCUGCGAGGCAGCCUCUCGGUCACCAGAUCGCUAACCAACGUCGGCCCAGCGCAAUCCCACUACAGGGCCAAGGUCUACUCACCUCCUGGCGUGAUCGUGUCGGUGUACCCCUCGGAGCUCCAAUUCACGCGGCCGCUCCAGAAGAUCUCCUUCACCGUGAGCUUGAGCGUCCAGCAGCGAUCCCAGGAUUUCGUGUUUGGCGCCCUCGUCUGGAGCGAUGGCAAGCAUUUUGUGAGAAGCCCGAUCGCCGUGAAUGCUACAGCGAUUGCGAGCUAGCUAGCUUGCUAGUAGAGAGAGGAGAGCGAUGUAACAAAAAGGGGAUAAUCCGACACGAAAGAACGGAAAACCAUCGCUGUCGCACAGGCAGCCGUGGAGAUUCGACCUAAUCGGAGAGAGAAAGAAGAAAAUGCGCUGCCGGAUCCGACAGCCAUGAAGAAAGAGGG